UUGUAAACAUAACCUAAAAAUAUGGAACUUUCAUAUUACAAUUUUUAUUUGUGUAAAAUAAUUAGUGUUAUGUAUAACUGAACAAAAAUGAUGGUGCUACAUUAUUUACAGUUUAUUAUCAUAAGUAUAUGCAUUAAAUCGUUUACUGUAUAUAUUUACAUCGUUUACUACACUGAUGUUUUCUGGUCUACCUUUUCUCAGGACAUUAAGUCUGAGUAUGACUUUAUUAUAGUUGGCUCCGGGACUGCAGGUUCAGUGAUAGCACAUAGACUAGCAACGGAAACAAAUUAUACUUUCAUUGUAGUCGAAGCAGGGGGAAAGGGGAAUGUAUUAUUCGAAAUACCUGUACUUGGACCCCUGUUGCAUGGAUCCAUUUAUGAUUGGCAGUAUGAGACUGUGCCACAGGACAAUGCAUGUUAUGCUUUUAAUCAUAAGAAAUGUAAGUUAUUCCAAGGAAAAAUAUUUGGAGGGUCAUCAAAACUUAACAACAUGGUUCAUGUGAGAGGUAAUAUAUCACAUUAUGUUGACUGGUUUCAUAGAGAAUAUGAUCAUACAUUUUUCCAAAAUCAAUUCAAAUUUAUUGAAGAAACCAUAUUGAACCUAGAUGAAAUACAGUAUCAAAGUGAAAUGACAGAUGCUGUACUGGAUGCUGCAAAAGAAUUAGGAUAUAAUGAACUUCAUUCAGAAUUCGCACAUGGCUUCAGGAGAAGUAUAGUCUCCCAAACACAAGGCAAAAGGUGGUCUUCCUCUGAUAAUAUAGAUAUUAUAAAACAUGUAGUAACAAAUGCUUUAGUUGAAAAAGUUUUGGUGAAAGAAAACAUAGCUUAUGGAGUAAGUCUUCUAAAAUCCAGCAGUAAAAGAGAAGUAUAUGCUAAAAAGGGUGUAAUAUUAUCAAGUGGAACAUAUAACACACCCAAAAUACUACAGCUUUCAGGAAUUGGUCCUUCCGAUUUAUUAAAAUCAUUUGAUAUUCCAGUUAUAGCUGAUUUACCUGUUGGUAAAAAUUUACAGGACCAUGUUGCAACAGGAUUAGAUUUAAUAUUAUUUAAUGAAUCGCUUUCCAUUAACACUAUUAACAUGCUGAAUUUACUGCAUGCAGCGAAUUACUUUAUUAAUGGCAAAGGACCAUUUACGACGCCAGGUUGCGAAGUGAUUGGUUUUCUGGCGACGAAUGGAGAAAGUCCUGAUUUGCAAUUCAUGGUGUUGCCAGUUGGAAUAUCGUCAGACAAAGGUAGCCAUUUUAGAAAUAGUUUAGGUAUUAACACUACAGUGUGGACCAACUAUUUUGCAGAAACCUAUGACAAACACUCAGCAACAAUUCUGCCAAUAGUAUUACAUCCAAAGAGCAAAGGAGAGGUUUUAAUACAAAGUAGAGAUCCCACUAAUCCUCCAAUGAUUGAUCCAAAAUAUUUAUCAGAUAAAAAUGAUAGAGUUUUGUUAAUUAAAGGCUUGAAAUUGGUUAAAGAGUUUCUGGAGACGGAGGCGAUGAAGAGCCUUGGAGCGUCUAUAAAUGAAAUACCAUUUCCCGGGUGUAACGAUUAUGAAGUAUUCUCAGAUAAUUAUUGGGAAUGUUAUAUAAAACAGUUGACUUUAACAAGUUACCAUCCAGUGGGUACUUGUUCUAUGGGGUUCCCAUAUGCUAAAACCAGUGUGGUUGACACAUCAUUUAAGGUUAUAGGAGUGAAUAAUUUGUUUGUAGCAGAUGGCUCGGUGUUGCCAACUUUACCUAGUGGUAAUAUAAAUGCAGCCAUAGCUAUGAUGGCCAGUGUCUUUUUUGACAUAAAUAUUGUACCAAAUAUUAGUACAAAAGCAUGUAGAAAUAUUGUUUGUCCUAAAUAUGAUUUUAUAUAUGAACACAUACAUAAGAUGUGUUAUUUAUGAUCAAAUUGUGAUACUAAAUAAUAAUUAUUAAUUCAAUAGUUCCUAAACAAGUACAAUAGAAUAAGCUUUAUUAAUUUUAAGUUUUAAAAUGAAGUACAAAUAGUAACGAAUAAUAUUAA